GCUUGUCUCUGAAUGGGCUCAUUGUGGAGAGGGAUGUGAUUGUGUGCGGUGUGCGUGGACCCCCUUAACUAGCUGGUCAGCACUAGGAGGGAUUAGCUACUAGCCUCGCUCUCAGACGGGCAUUGCUAAGCCUGAAUCAUGCACAUCGUCAUUAUUCCCUACUGGGAGUGGAGCCGUAGUUGUGCAAGAUGCGGAUAGCGGGGACGCGUUUCGUUCUGUCCGCAGGUCGUCCAAGAAGUUUCCCGAGUUCCGACCUCUUCACGAGGUCUCCCGCAGGACGCACAGUCGGGUGUGCGGCUCUCAUCACAUGUGCUUCACGUUAAACUGCCCCGACCCCGAAAAGACACCGACGGAAAAACGAAACACACAAUUUAACACUGAACCCGUGAGACGAUUUGUGGAGUGAAAACGGAAACUUUUACGCAUUGAGAGGUCCACCAGGGAGGAGGACUGCAACGAUGGGGAACGCAGGGAGUAUGGAUCACCACAACGACUUCAGGGGUCACCAUAUGCCCUCGAAGCUCCCCAUGCCUGAACAAAGUGAACUGGAGGAGAGAUUUGCAAUCGUGCUGAACUCCAUGAACCUUCCUCCAGACAAGGCUCGGUUACUACGGCAAUACGACAACGAGAAGAAGUGGGAACUGAUCUGCGACCAGGAACGGUUCCAAGUCAAAAACCCUCCUCACACAUACAUCCAGAAGCUCCGGAGUUAUCUGGACCCGGCUGUGACCCGGAAGAAAUUCAGACGAAGGGUCCAGGAGUCCACCCAAGUCCUCAGAGAACUGGAAAUUUCAUUACGGACCAAUCACAUAGGGUGGGUCCGAGAGUUCCUGAAUGAGGAGAACAAAGGCCUGGAUGUGCUGGUGGAGUAUCUGUCCUUCGCCCAGUACGCCGUCACGUUUGAUGGCGACUGCGCGGAGAACAACUUGGAGAACUCGGUGGACAAGUCCAAGCCCUGGAGUCGCUCCAUAGAGGACUUCCACGGCGGGGGGACCCUACCCUCCAACGGCUCCGGGAUCAGCCGCGCUGGGAGGCAGUCCACGCUACGUCUUCCGAUGUUCUGUCUACCGUUCUUCAACAGCAGGACGGGGAGCACCACUAAGUGCCCAAAGUGCUCGGACAAACGACGUUCGAACACUCUCCCCAGCCGGCGGACCCUGAAGAACUCGCGGCUGGUGUGCCGGAAGGACGAUGUCCACGUGUGCAUCAUGUGCCUACGAGCCAUCAUGAACUACCAGUACGGCUUCAACAUGGUCAUGUCGCACGCACACGCUGUGAAUGAAAUUGCUCUGAGUCUCAACAAUAAGAACCCCAGGACCAAAGCUCUGGUGCUGGAGCUGCUGGCGGCCGUGUGUCUCGUCCGGGGGGGCCACGAAAUCAUCCUCUCCGCCUUCGACAACUUUCAAGAGGUGUGUGUGGAGGAGCAGCGCUUCGAGAAGCUAAUGGAGCACUUCAGGAACGAAGACAACAACAUUGACUUCAUGGUGGCGUGUAUGCAGUUCAUCAACAUCGUGGUCCACUCGGUGGAGGACAUGAACUUCCGGGUCCACCUGCAGUACGACUUCACCAAGCUGUUUCUGGACGAGUACCUCGACGUGAGUUGGGGGAGACCGGAAGAACCUAGCGCAGAAAGAGAUGAUAAUAUACAGACUCAGGCCGAACGGGUUCUCAAAGGAUGUAAGGUGUAUCCACCGCGAUAGCCCACUAGGUCUAUCAAACAGAUAGGAAGAAACGAUGGAAGAACAUGUGCACUAAGCUAUAAACCUGCAAACAAUAUCAACGUCCAAGCUUUUCUGAAGAGACAGCUAAAGGUGAUCUCUCUUCAGCUCCGACUCUAUUUAAAUGAUCUGAGCUCUC